AUGUUUGCCAUCGUGAUGUUAAUUGUGAUAUUAAUAUUAUCAAUUAUUUUUAUAAAAAUCAGAAAAGAUACAAAACCAUAUCCUCCAGGACCAUUUUCAUGGCCCUUUAUCGGCAAUCAGUUUCUAUUGAAACGUUUAACACGUGAAUUUGGAGGACAACAUAAAGCAUUUUUGGAGCUCUCAAAACGAUAUAAUAGUGAUAUUAUAACUGUGAAUAUUAGUCAUGAGAAAAUAAUAAUCAUUUCUGGAAGUAAAUUUUGUGAUAUGAUAUUGCAAAACGAGGAAUUCCAAGGGCGUCCUUGGAAUGAAUUUAUUAAAAUUCGAAAUAUGGGCAAGAAACAAGGAAUCACAAUGAACGAUGGACCAGAAUGGAAAGAAUUACGAAAUUGGAUGAUGCGAACCAUGAAGAUUUUCGGUUUUGGAAAAAGUGAAAUGAUUAAAAUGAUUCAAAAUCAAUUAAUCAUAUUUUCAGAAAACUUGAAUAAAAAUAAAUUACAUCGAUUGAAACUAUUGUUUGUACCAGCUGUAAUUAAUGUCCUCUGGAAUUUUACAACGGGAGAAUUAACGGCAUUUGAUCAACAGCAGAAAUUAGAAUAUUUUCUCGACUUGUUGGAACGUCGAUCGAAAUGCUUCGAUAUCACAGGUGGGCUUCUCUCCGCUUUCCCUUGGAUUCGUUACAUUGCACCUGAGAUCUCAGGAUAUAACAUUAUAUGUAUGCUGAAUAACGAGCUCAAGGAUUUCUUAAUGAAAAUUAUUAUUGACCACAAAGAGAAAUAUAGUCUAGGAAAGGAGGCAGAUCUAAUUGAUAUGUUUCUUCAAGAAAUGAAAAAAAAUGAGGAAUCCACCAUUUUUACUGACGAACAAUUAAUGAUGAUAUUAAUCGAUCUUUUUCUCGCUGGUUUUACUACUACAAGCACGUCUUUGGAUUUUUUGUUUUUAAUUAUGACACUGUUUCCGGAUGUACAACGUAAAGUGCAAAAAGAAAUUGAUUCAGUAAUUCCACGCGAUAGACUUCCCAACAUGGAGGACAAAGCAAAACUUCCAUAUGUCGAGGCUGUAAUAAAUGAAACAUAUCGAUUAUGGCCAGUAUUCCCUAUAAUUGGACCACGACGAGUUCUUUACGAUACGAAUAUUGAUAAAUACAUGAUACCGAAAAAUACCACUGUUUUAUUCAAUACAUAUUCUAUCAAUAAAGAUCCUACUAUUUAUCCAGAGCCAGAUAAGUUCAUGCCUGAAAGAUUUAUUAAAAAUGGAGUUUUUAUACCAGAUGAAUAUUCUUUACAAUUUGGAAAAGGAAAAAGACGAUGUCCAGGUGAUAUAUUGGCAAAAGCUACGAUAUUUAUUUUAUUUGUUGGUAUAAUGCAGAAACAUACUCUAUUACCAGUUCCUGGUAAAGGACCAUAUUCUAUAGAAAUUAAUAGUGGUAUAACAUUGGCGCCACAACCUUAUGAUGUAUUAGUUGAAAAACGAUAAUUUUUUAAAUCUUUGUAUUUUCAUUUUCGAUGAAUAUAUUUUUGAAAGUUGCCUCUAAACAAAACUCGUCUUUUUUGAACUAAAAUAAAUUAAAAUAAAAAACACGAAAUAUUAUUAUUGAAUUUAAAAAAAAAAUAUGAAAAAGAAAUACAAAUUUCAUUUAUUA